UCUCCCCUCCUCGAGUGGGGUUCCCCGGGCAAAAGGACCCCCCGGAUCUCGCGCCGGAGGCUUCACGAAUCUCCACGACUGCUGCCCAGAUCUCGGGCCAGGAAAUAGCCCCUUCGCAGGAACCACCCUACCGGCCGAACAGGAGGCGGAGGGGGGGAGGCGGAGCGGCGCCGCGCUGCACUACUUUCCUCUCCGGUUGCAAAUGGCUGCCUCGUUCCCCACUUUCCGCUCAGUUUCCUGACCCCCCGGUGCCGGGAGCCGGGGUUGGGCCAUGCACCUCUAGGCCUCCCGCGAUCACAGCCAGCCGAGGGUCGAGGGGGUGCCACCGACCAGAGCCGGCCAGGCCGGGGGCGGGGCAGCUCCCGAGGCCAGAGGGGAAGGGAGGCGAGCGCAGGGCCUGGAGCGGCCGGAGGGGAGCGGGCAGAGGGCUCGCACCGCCCGCCCCUUCCUCUUCCUCGCCCACCUAGCCUCCUCCCUUCCCCGGGGGGAGCAGAAGGUGGGGGUCUCGAAGCCGCCGAGAGUGAGCGCUUGGGGUCGAGAAGCCCGGCGCUGGGUGUGUGUCAGGUUCAGCCCCGCGGCCCCGCCGGCUCCGCGUCGCCGUAGCUCGCGCGGCGCCGGGGCGCCGGCCCGGGCGGGGACAGGGGCUCGGCGCUCCUGUGAGGGUUUCACGUUCCAUCCGGGCCCGGCGCGGGGCGGCGCGGCAUUCCUUCCGGGCUGCUGGGGAGGCGCCUCGACGUUCCAUCUGGAGAGCCUCGACGUUCCGCCCGAGCCCGGCGCGGGCGGCCGGGGCGCUGGCCGGGCCCUAGGACUGAGAGGCCGCCCGGCGACGCGGAUGCGGAGCCUGCUCGCCCAAGAUCAAAGCCACCGGUGCUCUCUUUGUGUCCGCUCAGGAUUCGCCGCCCUGGGGCUGUCCAUGGAAACCUAAACUGCUGGAACCCGAGGCAGAGAACCUCCGCUUUGGCUUCUUGCUUUUUUUGGGGGGUAGGGUGGCCAUUCCGACCUGGAUUUACCGUUCUUGGCCCCCCUAAGCCCCCCCGAGCGGGGGGCGGCUGUGAUCGCUCUGGCGGUUGGAGGUCGGGGAGCGGCCCGGGCUCUGGCCAUGUUCUCGGAUGAGGAUUUCUGGAUCGCCCUGUGAAGAGGUCUCCCCGAGAGGGCCCUGCCCAGUCGGAGAGAGGGAUGGACAACCAGAAGUCGCCUGGUGAGGAUAAAGAUUCAGAACCGGCAGCCGAUGGACCUGCAGCCUCUGAGGACCCAGGAGCCGCUGAGCCAGACCUUCCCAACCCACAUGUGGGAGAGGUCUGUGUCCCCAGUUCUGGGAGUUCCAGGCUUCAGGAGCCUCCCCAGGACUGCAGUGGGGGUCCAGUGCGGCGUUGUGCUCUCUGUAACUGCGGGGAGCCCAGUCUGCAUGGGCAGCGGGAGCUACGGCGCUUUGAGUUGCCAUUUGACUGGCCCCGGUGUCCAGUGGUGUCCCCUGGGGGGAACCCAGGGCCCAAUGAGGCAGUGCUGCCCAGUGAGGACCUAUCACAGAUUGGUUUCCCUGAGGGCCUUACACCUGCCCACCUAGGAGAACCUGGAGGGUCCUGUUGGGCUCACCAUUGGUGUGCUGUGUGGUCAGCAGGCGUAUGGGGACAGGAGGGCCCAGAACUAUGUGGUGUGGACAAGGCCAUCUUCUCAGGGAUCUCACAGCGCUGCUCCCACUGCACCAGACUCGGUGCCUCCAUCCCUUGCCGCUCACCUGGAUGUCCACGGCUUUACCACUUCCCCUGCGCGACUGCCAGCGGUUCCUUCUUAUCCAUGAAAACACUGCAGCUGCUAUGCCCGGAGCACAGUGAGGGGGCUGCACAUCUGGAGGAGGCUCGCUGUACAGUGUGUGAGGGGCCGGGGGAAUUGUGUGACCUGUUCUUCUGUACCAGUUGUGGGCAUCACUAUCACGGGGCCUGCCUGGACACUGCUCUGACUGCCCGAAAGCGUGCUGGCUGGCAGUGCCCUGAUUGCAAAGUGUGCCAAGCCUGCAGGAAACGUGGGAACGAUUCUAAGAUGUUGGUCUGUGAGACGUGUGACAAAGGAUAUCAUACCUUCUGCCUAAAACCACCCAUGGAGGAACUGCCUGCUCACUCUUGGAAGUGUAAGGCAUGCCGGGUAUGCCGGGCCUGUGGGGUAAGCUCAGCAGAGCUGAAUCCCAACUCUGAGUGGUUUGAGAACUACUCGCUCUGUCACCGCUGUCACAAAGCCCAGGGAGGUCAGCCUAUCAGUUCUGUUGCUGAGCAGCAUCCCCCUAUCUGUGGCAGAUUUUCACCCCCAGAGCCUGGCGAUACACCCAUUGAUGAGCCCGAUGCUCUGUACGUUGCAUGCCAAGGGCAGCCAAAGGGUGGGCACGUGACCUCUAUGCAACCCAAGGAACCGGGGCCCCUGCAAUGUGAAGCCAAACCACUAGGGAGAGCAGGGGUCCAACUUGAGCCCCAGUUGGAGGUCCCCCUAAAUGAGGAGAUGCCACUGCUGCCCCCACCUGAGGAGUCACCCCUGUCCCCACCGCCUGAGGAAUCACCCACAUCUCCACCGCCUGAGGCAUCACGCCUGUCCCCACCACCCGAGGAAUCACCUGCAUCCCCACCACCAGAGGCAUUGCAUCUGUCUCCACCAUCAGAGGAAUCGCCCCUCUCUCCGCCACCUGAGGAGUCUCCUCUGUCUCCCCCACCCGAGUCAUCACCUUUUUCUCCACCGGAGGAGUCACCCUUCUCUCCACCAGAAGACUCACCCCCAUCUCCUGCACUUGAGACGCCCCUGUCCCCACCGCCUGAAGCAUCACCCUUGUCCCCACCAUUUGAGGAAUCUCCCUUGUCCCCCCCACCUGAGGAAUUGCCCACUUCCCCGCCGCCGGAAGCAUCUCGCCUGUCUCCACCACCUGAGGAGUCACCCAUGUCCCCUCCACCUGAAGAGUCACCCAUGUCUCCGCCACCUGAAGCGUCUCGUCCGUUCCCACCGUUUGAAGAGUCUCCUCUGUCCCCUCCACCUGAGGAAUCUCCCCUCUCCCCACCACCCGAGGCAUCACGCCUGUCCCCACCACCUGAGGACUCACCCAUGUCCCCACCACCUGAAGACUCACCUAUGUCCCCCCCACCUGAGGUAUCACGCCUGUCCCUCCUGGCAGAGGUGUCACGCUUAUCCCCCCUGCCUGAAGUGUCACGCCUGUUUCCACCGCCUGAGGAAUCUCCUCUAUCCCCACCACCUGAAGAGUCUCCCAGGUCCCCUCCACCUGAGGCUUCACGCUUAUCCCCACCACCUGAGGACUCACCCACAUCCCCACCACCUGAAGACUUACCUGCUUCCCCGCCGCCGGAGGACUCGCUCAUGUCCCUGCCACUGGAGGAGUCACCCCUGUCACCACUGCCUGAAGAGCCGCAUCUCUGCCCCCAGCCUGAGGAGCCUCAUCCAAUCCCCCGGCCUGAGGAGCCACACUUGUCCCCCCAGCCUGAAGAGCUGCAUCUGUCCCCACAGCCUGAGGAGCUGCGCCUAUCCCCUAUGCCUGAGGAGCCACACCUGUCCCCUCAGCCUGAGGAACUGCGCCUAUCUCCCCACACUGAGGAGCUGCACCUAUCCCCUGUGCCUGAGGAGCCACACCUGUCCCCCCAGCCUGAGGAGCUGCAUCUGUCCCCUCAGCCUGAGGAGCCACACCUGUCCCCCAGGCCUGAGGAGCUGCAUCUGUCCCCUCAACCUGAGGAACCACACCUGUCCCCUCGGCCUGAGGAACCACGCCUAUUGCCUCAACCUGAGGAACCACACCUGUCCCCUCGGCCUGAGGAACCGUGUCUAUCCCCUCACCCUAAAGAGCCCAUGGAGGAGCCAGGCCAAUGCCCCACACCUGAGGAGUUACCCUUGUUCCCCGCACCUGGGGAGCCACGCUUAUCCCCCUUGCUUGGAGAGCCGGCCCUGUCCGAGCCUGGGGAACCACCUCUGUCACCUCUGCCUGAGGAGCUGCCCUUGUCCCCAUCUGGAGAGCCAUCCUUGUCACCUCAGCUGAUGCCACCAGAUCCUCUUCCUCCUCCACUCUCGCCCAUUAUCACAGCUGUGGCCCCACCAGCUCUGUCUCCUUUGGGGGAGUUAGAGUACCCCUUUGGUGCCAAAGGGGACAGUGACCCUGAGUCACCAUUGGCUGCCCCCAUUCUAGAGACACCCAUCAGCCCUCCACCAGAAGCUAACUGCACUGACCCUGAGCCUGUUCCCCCUAUGAUCCUUCCCCCAUCUCCAGGCUCCCCAAUGGAACUGGCUACUCCCAUCCUGAUGGAGCCCCUUCCCCCUCGGUGUUCUCCACUCCUUCAGCAUUCCCUGGCUCCUCAAAACUCCCCUCCUGCUCUGCCACUGUCCAUGCCCUCCCCAUUGAGUCCCAUAGGGAAAGCGGUAGACGUCUCAGAUGAGGCUGAGCCACAUGAGAUGGAGACUGAGAAAGUCCCAGAGCCUGAGUGUCCAGCCUUAGAACCCAGUGCCACCAGUCCUCUCCUCUCCCCUAUAGGGGACCUGUCCUGCCCUGCCCCCAGCCCUGCCCCAGCCCUGGAUGACUUUUCUGGGCUGGGGGAAGACACACCCCCUCUGGAUGGAAUUGAUGCUCCUGGUUCACAGCCAGAGGCUGGACAGACUCCUGGCAGUUUGGCUAGUGAACUUAAAGGUUCCCUUGUGCUCCUGGACCCUGAGGAGCUAGCCCCUGUGACCCCUAUGGAGGUCUAUGGUCCCGAAUGCAAGCAGGCAGCAGGACAGAGCUCACCCUGUGAAGAACAGGAGGAGCCACGUGCACCAGUGGCCCCCACACCACCCACUCUCAUCAAAUCUGACAUUGUUAAUGAGAUCUCUAAUCUGAGCCAGGGCGAUGCCAGUGCCAGUUUUCCUGGCUCAGAGCCCCUGCUGGGCUCUCCUGACCCUGAGGGGGGUGGCUCCCUGUCCAUGGAGCUAGGGGUCUCUACAGAUGUUAGUCCAGCCCGAGAUGAGGGCUCCCUACGGCUCUGUACCGACUCGCUGCCAGAGACUGAUGACUCACUAUUGUGUGAUGCUGGGACAGCUAUCGGCGGAGGCAAAGCCGAGGGGGAGAAGGGGAGGCGGCGCAGCUCCCCAGCCCGUUCCCGCAUCAAACAGGGUCGCAGCAGUAGUUUCCCAGGAAGGCGCCGGCCUCGUGGAGGAGCACAUGCAGGACGUGGAAGAGGACGGGCCCGGCUAAAAUCAACUGCUUCUUCCAUUGAGACUCUGGUAGUUGCUGAUAUCGAUAGCUCUCCCAGCAAGGAAGAAGAAGAAGAAGACGAUGACACCAUGCAAAAUACCGUGGUUCUCUUCUCCAACACAGACAAAUUUGUUCUAAUGCAGGAUAUGUGUGUGGUAUGUGGCAGCUUUGGACGUGGGGCGGAGGGCCACCUUCUUGCCUGUUCGCAGUGCUCUCAGUGCUACCACCCUUACUGUGUCAACAGCAAGAUCACCAAGGUGAUGCUGCUGAAAGGUUGGCGCUGUGUGGAGUGUAUCGUGUGUGAGGUGUGCGGUCAGGCUUCUGACCCCUCACGCCUGCUGCUCUGUGAUGACUGUGACAUUAGCUACCACACAUACUGCCUGGACCCACCACUGCUCACAGUGCCCAAGGGUGGCUGGAAGUGCAAGUGGUGUGUGUCUUGUAUGCAGUGUGGGGCCGCCUCCCCCGGCUUCCACUGUGAAUGGCAGAAUAGUUACACACACUGUGGACCCUGCGCCAGCUUGGUGACCUGCCCUAUCUGUCAUGCUCCUUACGUGGAAGAGGACCUACUAAUUCAGUGCCGCCACUGUGAACGGUGGAUGCAUGCUGGUUGUGAGAGCCUCUUCACAGAGGAUGAUGUGGAGCAGGCAGCCGAUGAGGGCUUUGACUGUGUCUCCUGCCAGCCCUACGUGGUAAAACCUGUGGUGCCUAUUGCGCCUCCAGAGUUGGUGCCUAUGAAGGUGAAAGAGCCAGAGCCCCAGUACUUUCGCUUUGAGGGUGUGUGGCUGACGGAAACUGGCAUGGCUGUGCUGCGUAACUUGACCAUGUCACCACUGCACAAGCGGCGCCAGCGGCGAGGACGGCUUGGCCUCCCAGGGGAGGCGGGGCUGGAGGGUUCUGAGCCCUCAGAUGCCCUUGGCCCCGAUGACAAGAAGGAUGGGGACCUGGACACUGAUGAGCUGCUCAAGGCUGAAGGUGGUGUGGAGCACAUGGAGUGUGAAAUUAAACUAGAGGGCCCUGUCAGCCCCGAUAUGGAGCCUGGCAAAGAGGAGACCGAGGAAAGCAAAAAACGCAAGCGCAAACCCUAUCGGCCUGGCAUUGGUGGUUUCAUGGUGCGACAGCGGAAAUCCCACAUGCGCGUGAAAAAGGGGCCUGCUGCACAGGCGGAGGUGUUGAGUGGGGAUGGGCAGCCCGACGAGGUGAUGCCUGCUGAUCUGCCUGCAGAGGGCUCUGUGGAACAGAGCUUAGCUGACGGGGAUGAGAAGAAGAAGCAACAGCGGCGAGGGCGCAAGAAGAGCAAACUAGAGGACAUGUUCCCUGCUUACCUGCAGGAAGCCUUCUUUGGGAAGGAGCUGCUGGACCUGAGCCGUAAGGCCCUUAUUGCAGUUGGGGUGGGCCGGCCAAGCUUUGGACUAGGAACCCUAAAACCCAAGGGGGAUGGAGGUUCAGAAAGGAAGGAGCUUCCCACCUUGCAGAAAGGAGAUGAUGGUCCAGAUGUUGCAGAUGAAGAAUCCCGUGGCCCUGAGAGCAAGGCUGAUACACCAGGACCUGAGGAUGGGGGUGUAAAGGCAUCCCCAGUGCCCAGUGACCCUGAGAAGCCUGGUACUCCGGGUGAAGGGAUGCUUAGCUCUGACUUAGACAGGAUUCCCACAGAAGAACUGCCCAAAAUGGAAUCCAAGGACCUGCAGCAGCUCUUCAAGGAUGUUCUGGGUUCUGAACGAGAGCAGCACCUGGGUUGUGGAACCCCUGGCCUAGAAGGCAGCCGUACGCCACUGCAGAGGCCCUUUCUUCAAGGUGGACUCCCUUUGGGCAGUCUCCCCUCCAGCAGCCCAAUGGACUCCUACCCGGGCCUCUGCCAGUCCCCAUUCCUGGAUUCUAGGGAGCGCGGGGGCUUCUUUAGCCCAGAACCCGGUGAACCAGACAGCCCCUGGACAGGCUCAGGGGGCACCACGCCCUCCACCCCCACCACCCCCACCACAGAGGGUGAGGGCGACGGGCUCUCCUAUAACCAGCGGAGUCUUCAACGCUGGGAGAAGGAUGAGGAGUUGGGCCAGCUCUCCACCAUCUCACCUGUACUCUACGCCAACAUUAACUUUCCUAAUCUCAAGCAAGAUUAUCCAGACUGGUCUAGCCGUUGCAAACAAAUCAUGAAGCUGUGGAGAAAGGUUCCAGCUGCUGACAAAGCCCCCUACCUGCAAAAGGCCAAAGAUAACCGGGCGGCUCACCGCAUCAACAAGGUACAGAAGCAGGCUGAGAGCCAGAUCAACAAGCAGACCAAGGUGGGCGACAUAGCCCGUAAGCCUGACCGACCAGCCCUACAUCUCCGCAUUCCCCCCCAGCCAGGGGCACUGGGCAGUCCGCCCCCUGCUGCUGCCCCCACCAUUUUCAUUGGCAGCCCCGCUACCCCCGCCGGCUUGUCUACCUCUGCGGAUGGGUUCCUGAAGCCGCCGGCGGGCACGGUGUCUGGCCCGGACUCGCCUGGUGAGCUCUUCCUCAAGCUCCCACCCCAGGUGCCCGCCCAAGUGCCUUCGCAGGACCCCUUUGGACUGGCCCCCGCCUACGCCCUGGAGCCCCGCUUCCCCACGGCACCACCCACUUAUCCCCCCUAUCCUAGUCCAACUGGGGGCCCCGCGCAGCCCCCAGUGCUAGGUGCCUCAUCUCGUUCUGGGACUGGCCAGCCAGGAGAAUUCCAUACUACCCCACCUGGCACACCCCGACACCAACCCUCCCCACCUGACCCCUUCCUCAAACCCCGCUGUCCUUCCCUGGACAACCUGGCUGUGCCUGAGAGCCCAGGGGUAGGGGGAGGCAAGGCUUCUGAGCCCCUGCUCUCUCCCCCACCUUUUGGCGAGUCCCGGAAGGCCCUAGAGGUGAAGAAGGAAGAGCUCGGGGCAUCCUCUCCUAGCUAUGGGCCCCCAAACCUGGGCUUUGUUGACUCACCCUCCUCAGGCCCCCACCUGGGUGGCCUGGAGUUAAAGGCACCUGAUGUCUUCAAAGCUCCCCUGACCCCUCGGGCAUCUCAGGUAGAGCCCCAGAGCCCAGGCUUGGGCCUUCGGCCUCAGGAGCCCUCCCCUGCCCAGGCUUUGGCCCCUUCUCCCCCUAGCCAUCCGGAAAUCUUUCGCCCUGGCCCGUACCCUGACCCCUAUGCCCAGCCCCCAUUGACCCCUCGGCCCCAGCCGCCACCCCCGGAGAGCUGCUGUGCCCUGCCCCCUCGCUCACUGCCCUCUGACCCUUUCUCCCGAGUGCCCGCCAGUCCUCAGUCCCAGUCCAGCUCGCAGUCCCCAUUGACACCCCGUCCCCUGUCUGCUGAGGCUUUCUGUCCAUCCCCUGUUACCCCUCGCUUUCAGUCCCCUGACCCUUACUCUCGUCCACCCUCACGCCCUCAGUCCCGUGACCCGUUUGCCCCAUUGCAUAAGCCACCCCGACCCCAGCCUCCUGAAGUUGCCUUUAAGGCUGGGCCUCUAGCCCACACUCCACUGGGGGCUGGGGGCUUCCCAGCAGCCCUGCCUUCAGGGCCAGCAGGUGAGCUCCAUGCCAAGGUCCCAAGUGGGCAGCCCCCUGGUUUUGCCCGGUCCCCUGGGACAGGUGCAUUUGUGGGCACCUCUUCUCCCAUGCGUUUCACUUUCCCUCAGGCAGUAGGGGAGCCUUCCCUAAAGCCCCCUGUCCCUCAGCCUGGUCUCCCUCCACCCCAUGGGAUCAACAGCCAUUUUGGGCCCGGCCCCACCUUGGGCAAGCCCCAAAGCACAAACUACACAGUAACCACGGGGAACUUCCACCCAUCGGGCAGCCCCUUAGGGCCCAGCAGUGGGUCCACAGGGGAGAGCUAUGGGCUGUCCCCACUACGCCCCCCAUCAGUUCUGCCACCACCUGCACCCGAUGGAUCCCUACCCUACCUGUCCCAUGGAGCCCCACAGCGAUCAGGCAUCACCUCUCCUGUUGAAAAGCGAGAAGACCCGGGGGCUGGAAUGGGUAGCUCUUUGGCGACACCUGAACUCUCAGGUACCCAGGACCCAGGCAUGUCCAACCUCAGCCAGACAGAGCUGGAAAAGCAACGGCAGCGCCAGCGGCUACGGGAGCUGCUGAUUCGUCAGCAGAUCCAGCGCAACACCCUGCGGCAGGAGAAGGAAACAGCUGCAGCAGCUGCAGGAGCAGUGGGGCCUCCAGGCACCUGGGGUGCUGAGCCCAGCAGCCCUGCCUUUGAGCAGCUGAGUCGAGCCCAGACCCCUUUCGUUGGGACCCAGGACAAGAGUAGCCUUGUGGGGCUGCCCCCAAGCAAGAUGAGUGGCCCCCUCCUAGGGCCAGGGGCCUUCUCGAGCGAUGACCGACUCUCCCGGCCACCUCCGCCGGCCACACCUUCCUCCAUGGAUAUGAAUAGCCGGCAACUGGUAGGAGGCUCCCAAGCUUUCUAUCAGCGAGCACCCUAUCCUGGGUCCCUGCCCUUACAGCAGCAACAGCAACAACUGUGGCAGCAGCAACAGGCAACAGCAGCAACCUCCAUGCGACUCGCCAUGUCUGCUCGCUUUCCAUCAACUUCUGGACCUGAACUUGGCCGCCAAGCUCUAAGUUCCCCCUUGGCAGGAAUUCCCACCCGCCUGCCAGGCCCUGGUGAGCCAGUGCCUGGCCCAGCUGGUCCUGCCCAGUUCAUUGAGUUGCGGCACAAUGUACAGAAAGGACUAGGACCUGGGGGGGCUCCAUUUCCAGGUCAGGGCCCGCCUCCAAGACCCCGUUUUUAUCCUGUAAGUGAAGACCCCCACAGACUGGCUCCUGAAGGACUUCGGGGCCUGGCGGUGUCAGGCCUUCCACCACAGAAACCCUCAGCCCCACUGGCCCCUGAAUUGAACAACAGCCUCCAUCCGACGCCCCACACCAAGGGUCCCACCCUGCCAACUGGCUUGGAGCUGGUCAGCCGGCCCCCCUCGAGCACUGAGCUUGGCCGCCCCCCUCCUCUGGCCUUGGAAGCUGGCAAGUUACCCUGUGAGGAUCCUGAGCUGGAUGAUGACUUUGAUGCCCACAAGGCCCUAGAGGAUGAUGAAGAGCUUGCUCACCUGGGUCUGGGUGUGGAUGUGGCCAAGGGUGAUGAUGAGCUGGGCACUCUGGAAAACCUGGAGACCAAUGACCCCCACCUGGAUGACCUGCUCAAUGGGGAUGAGUUUGACCUCCUGGCAUAUACUGACCCUGAGCUGGACACUGGGGACAAGAAGGACAUCUUCAAUGAGCACCUGAGGCUGGUGGAAUCUGCUAAUGAGAAGGCCGAGCGGGAGGCCCUGUUGAGGGGGGUGGAGCCAGGACCCUUAGGUCCUGAGGAGCGCCCUCCCGCUGCCACUGAUGCUUCUGAGCCCCGCCUGGCAUCUGUGCUCCCUGAGGUGAAGCCCAAGGUAGAGGAGGGUGGGCGCCACCCUUCCCCUUGCCAGUUCACUAUUACCGCCCCCAAGGUCGAGCCAGCACCUGCUACUGCUUCCCUUGGCGUGGGGUUGAAACCAGGACAAAGCGUGAUGGGCAGUCGGGACACCCGGAUGGGCACAGGGCCAUUUUCCAGCAGUGGGCACACAGCUGAGAAGGGCCCCUUUGGGGCCACAGGAGGACCACCAGCUCACCUGCUUACCCCCAGCCCACUUAGUGGCCCAGGAGGAUCCUCUUUGCUGGAAAAGUUUGAGCUAGAGAGUGGGGCCCUGACUUUGCCUGGUGGACAUACAGCAUCUGGGGAUGAGCUGGACAAGAUGGAGAGCUCACUGGUGGCCAGUGAGUUGCCCCUGCUCAUUGAGGACUUGUUGGAACAUGAGAAAAAGGAGCUGCAGAAGAAGCAGCAGCUUUCAGCACAGCUGCAGCCAGCCCAGCAGCAGCAGCAGCAGCAUUCCCUAUUGUCCACACCAGGUGCUGCCCAGGCCAUGCCUUUGCCACAUGAGGGCUCUUCUCCCAGUUUGGCUGGACCCCAACAGCAGCUUGCCCUGAGUCUUGGAGGUGCCCGACAGCCAGGCUUGGCCCAACCACUGAUGCCUACCCAGCCACCAGCUCAUGCCCUCCAGCAGCGCCUGGCCCCAUCCAUGGCCAUGGUGUCCAGUCAAGGGCAUAUGCUAAGUGGACAGCAUGGGGGGCAGGCAGGCUUGGUACCCCAGCAGAGCCCACAGCCAGUGCUAUCACAGAAGCCCAUGGGCACUAUGCCACCUUCCAUGUGUGUGAAGCCCCAGCAACUGGCAAUGCAGCAGCAGUUGGCUAACAGCUUCUUCCCGGAUACAGACCUGGACAAAUUUGCUGCAGAAGAUAUCAUUGAUCCCAUUGCAAAGGCCAAGAUGGUGGCUUUGAAAGGCAUCAAGAAAGUGAUGGCUCAGGGCAGCAUUGGGGUGGCACCUGGUAUAAACAGGCAGCAAGUGUCUCUGCUAGCCCAGAGGCUCUCUGGGGGAGCUGGCAGUGAUCUGCAGAACCAUGUGGCAGCUGGGAGUGGCCAGGAGCGGAGUGCUGGUGACCCCUCCCAGCCUCGUCCCAACCCGCCCACUUUUGCCCAGGGAGUGAUCAAUGAGGCUGACCAGCGGCAAUAUGAAGAGUGGCUCUUCCAUACCCAGCAGCUCCUACAGAUGCAGCUGAAGGUGCUAGAGGAGCAGAUUGGUGUGCACCGCAAGUCACGGAAGGCUCUGUGUGCCAAGCAGCGCACUGCCAAAAAGGCUGGCCGUGAGUUCCCAGAAGCUGAUGCUGAGAAGCUCAAACUGGUUACAGAGCAGCAGAGCAAGAUCCAGAAACAGCUGGAUCAGGUCCGGAAACAGCAGAAGGAGCACACUAAUCUCAUGGCAGAAUAUCGGAAUAAGCAGCAACAACAGCAGCAGCAGCAGCAGCAGCAGCAGCAGCAACAGCAGCAACAGCAGCAGCAGCAGCAGCAGCAGCAGCAGCAACAGCAGCAACAGCAUUCAGCGGUGUUGGCUCUCAGCCCUUCCCAGAGUCCCCGGCUACUUACUAAGCUCCCUGGCCAGCUACUACCUGGCCAUGGGCUGCAACCACCACAGGGGCCUCCGGGUGGACAAGCUGGAGGUCUUCGCCUGCCCCCUGGGGGUAUGGCACUACCUGGACAGCCUGGUGGCCCCUUCCUCAACACAGCUCUGGCCCAGCAGCAACAACAGCAACAUUCUGGUGGUGGUGGAUCACUAGCUGGCCCCUCAGGGGGGUUCUUCCCUGGCAACCUUGCUCUUCGAAGCCUUGGACCUGAUUCAAGGCUUUUACAGGAAAGGCAGCUACAGCUGCAGCAGCAACGUAUGCAGCUGGCCCAGAAACUGCAGCAACAGCAGCAGCAGCACCUCCUAGGACAGGUGGCAAUGCAGCAGCAACAGCAGCAGGGUCCUGGGGUACAGGCAAACCAGGCUCUGGGUCCCAAGCCCCAGGGGCUUCUGCCUCCUGGCAGCCACCAGGGUCUCCUGGUCCAGCAGCUGUCCCCCCAGCCGCCCCAGGGGCCCCAGGGCAUGCUGGGCCCUGCCCAGGUGACCGUGUUGCAGCAGCAGCACCCUGGAGGUUUGGGCCCCCAGGGCCCUCACAGGCAGGUGCUUAUGACCCAGUCCCGGGUACUGAGUUCCCCCCAGCUGGCACAGCAGGGUCAGGGCCUUAUGGGACACCGGCUGGUCACAGCUCAGCAGCAGCAGCAGCAGCAGCAGCAACAACAGCACCAACAGCAGGGGUCCAUGGCAGGGCUGUCUCAUCUGCAGCAGGGUCUGAUACCACACAGUGGGCAGCCCAAACUCAGUGCUCAGCCCAUGGGCUCCUUACAGCAGCAACAGCUUCAGCAGCAGCAGCAGCUACAGCAACAGCAGCAGCAACAGCUACAACAGCAGCAGCAACUACAACAGCAGCAAUUUCAGCAGCAGCAGCAGCAGCAGCAGCAGCAGCAGCAGCAACAGCAACAGCAACAGCAGAUGGGCCUCUUGAACCAGAGUCGAACUUUGCUAUCUCCUCAGCAACAACAGCAGCAGCAGGUGGCACUUGGCCCUGGUGUACCAGCCAAGCCUCUUCAACACUUUUCUAGUCCAGGAGCCCUGGGCCCAACCCUCCUCUUGACGGGCAAGGAACAAAAUAUUGUAGAGACGGCUCUUCCUUCAGAGGUCACUGAGGGGCCCUCAGCACAUCAGGGAGGGCCAUUAACAAUAGGGACUACACCUGAGUCAAUGACCACUGAACCAGGGGAGGUAAAACCUUCACUCUCUGGAGACUCACAACUCCUGCUUAUCCAACCCCAGGCCCAGCCUCAGCCCAACUCUCUGCAGCUUCAGCCACCUGUGAGGCUUCCAGGACAGCAGCAGCAGCAGCAGCAAGUUAACUUGCUCCACACAGCAGGUGGAGGAAGCCAUGGGCAACUAGGCAGCGGAUCAUCGUCUGAGGCUUCAUCUAUGCCCCACCUGCUGGCCCAACCCUCUGUUUCCUUAGGGGAGCAGCCUGGGCCCAUGACCCAGAACCUUCUGGGCCCCCAACAACCCCCUGGGCUAGAGCGGCCCAUGCAAAAUAAUAUAGGGCAACAACCUCCUAAACAAGGACCUGUUCCCCAGUCUGGGCAGGGUCUGCCUGGGGUUGGAGUUAUGCCUACAGUGGGUCAGCUUCGAGCACAGCUCCAAGGAGUCCUGGCCAAAAACCCACAGCUGCGGCACUUGAGUCCUCAACAGCAACAGCAGCUACAGGCACUUCUCAUGCAGCGGCAGCUGCAGCAGAGUCAGGCAGUACGCCAGACCCCACCCUACCAGGAGCCUGGGACCCACCCCUCUCCUCUCCAGGGCCUCCUGGGCUGCCAACCCCAAAUUGGGGGCUUCCCUGGAUCCCAGACAGGCCCCCUCCAGGAGCUGGGGGCAGGACCUCGACCUCAGGGCCCACCCCGGCUCCCUGCCCCACAAGGAGCCUUAUCUACAGGACCAGUCCUUGGCCCUGUCCAUCCCACACCUCCACCAUCCAGCCCCCAAGAGCCAAAGAGACCUUCACAAUUACCUUCCCCCAGCUCUCAGCUCCCCACCGAGUCCCAGCUCACCCCCACCCAUCCAGGCACCCCAAAGCCCCAGGGGCCACCCUUGGAGCUGCCUCCGGGGAGGGUCUCACCUGCUGCUGCCCAGCUUGCGGAUACCUUGUUUGGCAAGGGGCUGGGAACUUGGGACCCCCCAGACAACCUAGCAGAAGUCCAGAAGCCGGAGCAGAGCAGCCUGGUACCUGGGCAUCUAGAACAGGUGGUGAAUGGACAGGUGGUGCCUGAGCCACCCCAACUCAGCAUCAAACAGGAACCUCGGGAAGAGCCAUGUGCCCUGGGAGCCCAGGCAGUGAAGAGGGAGGCCAAUGGGGAACCAAUAGGGGCACCAGGUACCAGCAACCACCUCCUGCUGGCAGGCCCCCGCUCAGAGGCUGGACAUCUGCUCUUGCAGAAGCUUCUACGGGCAAAGAAUGUACAACUCAGCAGUGGGCGGGGGUCCGAGGGGCUGCGAGCUGAGAUCAACGGGCACAUUGACAGCAAGCUGGCUGGGCUGGAGCAGAAACUACAGGGUACCCCCAGCAACAAGGAGGAUGCAGCAGCAAGGAAGCCUUUGACACCGAAGCCCAAGCGGGUACAGAAGACAAGCGACAGGUUGGUGAGCUCCCGAAAGAAGCUGCGGAAGGAGGACGGAGUCAGGGCCAGCGAGGCCUUGCUGAAACAGCUGAAACAGGAGCUGUCCUUGCUGCCCCUAACGGAGCCUGCUAUCACCACCAAUUUUAGCCUCUUUGCUCCCUUUGGCAGUGGUUGCCCAGUCAGUGGGCAGAGCCAGCUGAGGGGGGCCUUUGGAAGUGGGGUGCUGUCCACUGGCCCUGACUACUAUUCCCAGCUGCUUACCAAGAAUAACCUGAGUAACCCGCCGACACCACCCUCGUCGCUGCCCCCCACCCCACCCCCAUCGGUGCAGCAGAAGAUGGUAAAUGGUGUCACUCCAUCUGAGGAGCUGGGGGAGCACCCCAAGGAUGCCGCCUCUGCCCGGGAUACUGAUGGGGCACUAAGGGAUGCUUCAGAGGUGAAGAGCCUAGACCUGCUGGCUGCCUUGCCUACACCCCCUCACAAUCAGACUGAGGAUGUCAGGAUGGAGAGUGAUGAGGAUAGCGAUUCUCCUGAUAGCAUUGUGCCAGCUUCAUCCCCUGAGAGUAUCCUGGGGGAAGAGGCUCCUCGUUUCCCUCAUCUGGGCUCAGGCCGGUGGGAGCAGGAUGACCGGGCCCUUUCCCCCGUCAUCCCCAUCAUUCCUCGGGCCAGCAUCCCAGUCUUCCCAGAUACCAAGCCUUAUGGGGCCCUCGACCUGGAGGUCCCUGGAAAGCUGCCUGCCACAUCUUGGGAAAAGGGCAAAGGAAGUGAGGUAUCAGUCAUGCUGACAGUCUCAGCUGCUGCAGCCAAGAACCUGAAUGGUGUGAUGGUGGCAGUGGCAGAGCUGCUAAGCAUGAAGAUCCCCAACUCCUAUGAGGUGCUGUUCCCAGAGAGCCCUGCCCGGGCAGGCGUUGAGUCUAAGAAGGGGGAAGCUGAGGGCCCUGACGGGAAAGAAAAGGGUCUGGGAGGUAAGAGCCCAGACGCUGGCCCUGAUUGGCUGAAGCAAUUUGAUGCAGUGUUGCCUGGCUAUACCCUCAAGAGCCAGCUGGACAUCUUGAGCCUCCUGAAACAGGAGAGCCCCACCCCAGAGCCGCCCACCCAGCACAGCUACACCUACAAUGUCUCCAAUCUGGACGUGCGACAGCUCUCAGCCCCACCUCCUGAAGAACCGUCCCCACCUCCAUCCCCCUUGGCACCUUCUCCUGCCAGUCCCCCUGCUGAACCCUUGGUUGAACUUCCGGCUGAACCCUCGGCUGAGCCACCAAUCCCCUCGCCUCUGCCUCUGGCCUCAUCCCCUGAAUCAGCCCGGCCCAAACCCCGAGCCCGGCCUCCUGAAGAAGGUGAAGAUUCCCGUCCCCCUCGCCUCAAGAAAUGGAAGGGAGUACGCUGGAAGCGGUUGCGGCUACUGCUGACCAUCCAGAAGGGUAGUGGGCGGCAGGAGGAUGAGCGGGAAGUGGCAGAGUUCAUGGAGCAGCUCGGCACAGCCUUGCGACCCGACAAGGUGCCUCGAGACAUGCGGCGCUGCUGCUUCUGUCAUGAGGAGGGUGAUGGGGCCACUGAUGGGCCUGCCCGCCUACUGAACCUGGACCUGGACCUAUGGGUGCACCUCAACUGUGCCCUGUGGUCCACAGAGGUGUAUGAGACCCAGGGUGGAGCACUGAUGAAUGUGGAGGUUGCCCUGCACCGAGGACUGCUAACCAAGUGCUCCCUGUGCCAGCGAACUGGUGCCACCAGCAGCUGCAAUCGCAUGCGUUGCCCCAACGUCUACCAUUUUGCUUGUGCCAUCCGCGCCAAGUGCAUGUUCUUCAAGGACAAGACCAUGCUUUGUCCAAUGCAUAAGAUCAAGGGGCCCUGUGAGCAGGAACUGAGCUCUUUUGCUGUUUUCCGGCGAGUUUACAUUGAGCGGGACGAGGUGAAGCAAAUCGCCAGCAUCAUUCAGCGGGGAGAACGGCUACACAUGUUCCGCGUGGGGGGCCUUGUGUUCCAUGCCAUCGGACAGCUGCUGCCUCACCAGAUGGCUGACUUCCACAGUGCCACUGCCCUCUAUCCUGUGGGCUAUGAGGCCACACGCAUCUACUGGAGCCUCCGCACCAACAAUCGUCGCUGCUGCUACCGCUGCUCUAUUGGCGAGAACAACGGGCGGCCAGAGUUUGUAAUCAAAGUCAUCGAGCAGGGCCUGGAGGACCUGGUCUUCACUGAUGCCUCUCCCCAGGCUGUAUGGAAUCGCAUCAUUGAGCCUGUGGCUGCCAUGAGAAAAGAGGCUGACAUGCUGCGGCUCUUCCCAGAGUACCUGAAAGGCGAGGAGCUCUUCGGGUUGACAGUGCAUGCGGUGCUUCGCAUAGCUGAAUCACUGCCUGGAGUGGAGAGCUGUCAAAACUAUUUAUUUCGUUAUGGGCGCCACCCUCUGAUGGAGCUGCCACUCAUGAUCAACCCCACUGGCUGUGCCCGAUCGGAGCCUAAAAUCCUCACACACUACAAACGGCCCCAUACCCUGAACAGCACCAGCAUGUCUAAGGCAUAUCAGAGCACCUUCACAGGCGAGACCAACACCCCGUACAGCAAGCAGUUUGUGCACUCCAAGUCAUCUCAGUACCGGCGGCUGCGCACCGAGUGGAAGAACAAUGUGUAUCUGGCUCGCUCCCGUAUCCAGGGCCUGGGGCUCUAUGCAGCCAAGGACCUAGAAAAGCACACAAUGGUCAUCGAGUACAUUGGCACCAUCAUUAGAAAUGAGGUGGCCAACCGGCGGGAAAAAAUCUAUGAGGAGCAGAAUCGAGGCAUCUACAUGUUCCGAAUAAACAAUGAACAUGUGAUUGAUGCUACGUUGACCGGAGGCCCUGCCAGGUACAUUAACCAUUCCUGUGCCCCUAACUGUGUGGCGGAAGUCGUGACAUUUGACAAAGAGGACAAAAUCAUCAUCAUCUCCAGCCGGCGAAUCCCCAAAGGAGAGGAGCUGACCUAUGACUAUCAGUUUGAUUUUGAGGACGAUCAGCACAAGAUCCCCUGCCACUGUGGAGCCUGGAAUUGUCGGAAAUGGAUGAACUAAGAAGCUUUGAGGCUACCAGGCAGGGGAGUCCCCCAACCCCCAACCUCUUCCCUGAAAGGGAUGAGGGGGAAGAGAGGUAGCAGCCAGAGCCAGGACCCAGGGCUGGGGCUGCCGGCUGACCGGAGCCCCUGGAGCAGGAGGCUGGGGCAGAGGGCCCUAGGCCAAGCCCACCCUGGGCACCAGGGACAACCCUCUUCCCCGCCACCGGCCCUCAGGCUGGCAUCUCUGCCCCCAGCUCCAGGAGGGGCCAGACAGAAGCAGCCAUUGGGCAUCUCAGGUUUGAGGGGGAUAUGGGCCGGGAACUACCCAGAAGCAUCUGGGAGGCAGCAGGGAGGGGGGAGGAGGAUGUGUGGCCGGGCCUCACAGCCCUGCUGCUCCCACUGACCUCUCCGGCCCAACUCAAGGCUGCAAAGAGACUUGACUAAGCUUGACAAUCCCAAAGGCCGGGUCCCACACCUGGCCCUGCCUGCCGGGUCCUGCCCCCACCCUCACCCUCAUCCUCUUCCCUCUUGAUCUGUCUCUGUCUCCCUCUUCUCCUCUGUGUUUCUGUCUCUCUAUGGGUUGUGUUUCCUUGUUUUUCACUCUGACAAAUGCAACAUGAACGGGAAAGAGGCGCUCAGCUGCCCAGGAGGGCAAGCUGGGCAGGCCGGGCAAGGAGACCCCGCACCCACACCUACCUCAUUUAAGUGUUGGAUUUUUUGCUGUUUUGAAAUGUGAGACCCUCUCCAAGCCCCCUACUGCCCCAACCCUCUCCCCCACCUCACUGCCCUCUUCUGAGUGGGUAGAAGGGGGGUAGGAAGAGGAAGAAAAAUCAACAACAAAAAAUCCAUCUUUGUUUUUAAUUAUGGGCAUGGAAUGGUGGUUGAGGCAAAUGAUGAUGAAGAUUGGGGAUGACUGGCCCCUAGUUGCUCUAGGACUUCCUUCUCCAUCUGGACAUGGGGGCAGGAGGGGUGUGCUAAACCUAGGACCAGGAUAUCUCCCUCCUGUUUUCCCAACCCCAUCAUGAGCCCAUUUGCCCUCCAGCCCCUAGAUGGGGUGGGUGGGGGGUAGGGUGAGGGCUGUCCCUGAGUGGCAUGCCCAUACCUAGUGAGGCAGGGUGUGGCCUGGAGCUCCCACUUUCCCUCAGACACCAAACUGCUGCUGGUCUGGUGGGAAGGGGUGGUGAUGUGGGGGUGGGGGAGCUUAGUGUCAGCGCGGGGAGGGUGGGGGGUAUUUAUCUAUUUAUACGUGGGAUUGUACAUAGUCUUGUGGGGCAUGGGGGAGCCGGCUGGAGGUGAGAACCCUCCCCUCUCCCCCCACCCCCGGGGAGAGCAAAUGUAAAACUACUAAUUUUUGUGCUUUAUAUAUUCUAUAUAAAUAUAUCUAUUUUCUUUUUACAAAACCAGUUUAUAAAUGGUAGGGGGGCAUGGGGCGGACACAUGGAGCUCCCCUUGUGGGGGGGCCCCCUCCAUUACCCAACCUACCGCCCUUUUCCUCACCCCCCCCACUCCCCACCCCCUGGCUGUGACUGCUGUAAGAUGGGGGUAUAGAGGCUGGACAAGUCCCACCCCCUGUUGUAUAGUUGGACUAUGUUAUAACGCACAAAGUGAGCUGACCCCAGGGGGAGCCAGAGGGUGAUGGGUUCCCUGCCUCCCUUUCCUUCCCCUUUCUGCCCAAGCUUGUGCUGCAGUUGAACCUCUUCCUGGGGGUGAGGGUAGGUAGGGGGUGGGUGAGGCCCCAAACCCCUCUCUGGUAGGGAACCAUGGGGAUGAAGAUGAAGCUUAUAUGCAGUUCUCUCCUAGGGGCUGUGGGCAAAGGGCAUUUUGUAAUUAAUAUUUUCAAGAAUCAAAUGUCUGGAUUGUAGGGGUGGGCUUGGUGGUGGCGGAUGGGUGGGCCUGCUGGAGGGGGAGCUCGGUCACUGUUGUGAUUUUAGGUUUGUUUUUGUUUUGUUUUGAAUUUAGGGGGUUGUGGAUUGUUGGGGGUAGGGAGUUUUUGGUUUUUUUUUAAGCUGCUUCUUCAACUGUUUCAAGCUGCAAAUGUUUAAGAGAAUAACACCCCCCCACUCCCACAGGAACCGCUGUUAAUUAAAUCAGACAGUAGGGAGACUGGGCUGCUGCCCCCAAAGCCACAGCCCUUGGAUGUUCCUUUUCCAUGAGCAAAAGGUCUAGGCUACAGGGAGGGGGAGAUUGGCUCCUGUGAGUCAGGCUCUGGUUGGGGCUUGGGCCCUGGGACUGGGAAAAGGGGAUGGGGCAGACUUUGUAAGCAUAUACUAGGUAUCUGAUAGUCCUGUAGAUUUUAGUGAAGAAACCUUAUACAGUUUUUAAUUUUUAUAUAAACUAUAACUCAGACCCAAGCUACAAGGUUGGAAUUUUGGUUGUUGGUUUUUUUAAGUACCCUGCCUGUAUAAUUGCAUCAGAAUCCUACCCCCCGCCCUCCCCCGUGUUUGUAUUUUGGGUUGGUUUACACUCGCACAUACUCAAUUUUCAGUUUUCCCCUUUACAGUCUUCUCCCCUCACCUCCAGGACCCUCCCCCUUUUUAAAAAAUAAAUCGCUGACAAGUGUGAAUCCCGUGAAGACUUUAUUUUGUGUUGUGUGUAUCCUGUACAGCAAGGUUGGUCCUUCGUAACAACGGAUGAAAUGGUUCCCUUUUUUAAAGCGCCCUCUCUCCCUCUAUCCCCAGCGCCCCUGUCCUUGGCAUGUUUUGUAUCAGCGAUCAUUCUGAACUGUACAUAAUUUAUGUUGCGAGAGGCAAAGGGCAAGUUUUGGAUUUUGCUUCUUCCAAGUUUGUUUUUAAACGACAAAUAAAAAAAGGACAUUUUAAAUACAA